AUGAGCGAAUCGAACAUGGAUUCGACUUUGACUCCGUGUGAAGCUUGCGGGAAGGUUUCAACGCAGAACGAGGAGAUGAUUGCCUGUGACAGCUGUGAGCGCUGGUAUCACUCCCGUUGCGUGGAAGUUACUGUGGCGACAAAAAAGGACACGAAAUGGUUCUGUCCCGAAGAUGGUUGCCAAGCAGUUUCCCAAUCUUACCAGAAGCAGAAGAAGGCAAACCGUUCGAAGAAGAAUACGGAGGAAUCGGACCGAUCGAGCGCGAAAUCCCUCGAGCGUCAACCUCCGACCUUGCCUCCAUCCGUUGCUGCAAAAAUCAGAGCAAUGGAAGCGGAAAAGAAGCGUUUGAAGGAUGAAAUGGAUGCGGAAUGUUUGUUGCGGGAAAAGGAGAUUGGAAUGAAGAACGCUUUGAAGGAAAGAAGGAUGCGUUUAGACCGUGAGCUGCGCGAAAAGGAGCUGCAGAAAGACCGAGAGCUUCGUGAACGGGAGAUCGAGGAAAAAAGCCUUCAACAUCAAAGGGAACUGCAGGAGAAGAAGGAACAUCUUUGCCACAUAAGGAAGAUGGAAGAGAUCCAUCAGGAUCAGAUGUCCUUCGUAGAGGAACAGUUGAAGGAAGCGCUAAUGGUGAACAGCGGACAGAAAACAAAAUCGGUCGCUGAUCCCCAAGAAGGAUUGUCCGGAGCAUCCGGCGGAAAAUCUACCCCGUUGCGUCCUACGACGUUCGACAAAUUGACGGAAGUUAAUCUGAAGAUGUUUGCACAGAACGCCGAGGGCACCAGUGAUGAAGAAAAUCGGUCGGAUACUACAGACGGCGACGAGGGCUGUGACGACGAAAACGGCGAAAGAAACCGGAAGCCAAUAGUUGAUACAACUCCAUACGGGCUGGGGCAACAGCGUGCCGGACCAAGCAGGGCUCAAUUGGCUACGAGAAGCGGGCUUACAAAGAAGCUUCCAACAUUCUCGGGGAAACCAGAAGAGUGGCCUCUCUUUUUCGGCGCCUAUCAAGCAUCCAAUGAAGCCUGUGGAUAUUCUGAUGUGGAAAAUCUGGUGAGACUUCAAGACUGUCUAAAGGGUUCAGCACUGGAGUCCGUCAGAGGCCAGCUUCUUCUUCCAAAGUCGGUCCCACGAGUAAUCGCAAAACUCCGCCAGCUUUAUGGACGCCCAGAACAGUUGCUGCAAAGCCACCUUGAAAAGGUACGCAGGCUCGAGCCACCGAAAGCUGAAAAGCUAGCCAGUUUCAUACCGUUCGGCAAUGCGGUCGAGCAACUGUGCGAACACUUGGAAGCAGCGGAACUCACGCUCCACUUGGUGAAUCCGAUUCUCAUCCAAGACUUGGUCAGCAAACUUCCGGACGGGGAAAAGCAUGCUUGUGAGGCGAAUGUCACUUUCGAGUACAAACCGGAUGCAAGGUUUGCCGCUGGUACGAGUGGAAGAAGCAAACCGAAGGAGAAGGCAGCACUCUAUAGCCACUCCGAGGUAGAGUGUUCCAGCGCUGACGGGUCCAAUCGGGCGCAGCAAAAGCCUUGCAAGGUGUGCCAUCGAACUGACCAUCGUGUGCAAUUCUGCAAAGACUUCAAGGACUUGUCGUACGGCGAUCGCAUGAAAAUUCGUUGCAAUGUGGGUGACUGUAGGGAGCUGCACAAUCCACUAGUUCAUCCAGUCACAAGCGUGGUCGGCUUGAGCGCACACAUUCUCUCGAGCAGCACGGUGCUGUUUCGGAUGGUUCCGGUGCAGGUACAUUGCGGAGGAAGAUCAGUGACAGUACUUGCCUUUCUGGAUGAGGGAGCAUCAGUUACUUUGAUCGAGAACAAACUGGCAAAUCGUUUGGGACUUGUAGGCGUGCAGGAGAAACUCACCAUCAAGUGGACGGCAGACGUCACACGUGUGGAGAAAAGCUGUAGGCGAAUGAGCGUAUGGACUUCGGCGGUUGGUGCGAUAAGCCGUGACAAGUUCUUGCUUCAUUCUGAUCGUACGGUCGAGAGGAUGCUGCUGCCUCAUCAAACGUUGAAUGCCGAAGAGUUGUCGGCGAAAUACGAACACAUACGAGGCCUGGCAAUCUCAUCGUAUGAUGGCCGUCCGGAAAUAUUAAUAGGGCUUAACAAUAUCCAUUCGUUUGCCCCGAUAGAAGCGAAAGCCGGAACUACAAACGAGCCGAUCGCAGUUCGCUGCAAGCUCGGCUGGACAAUUUACGGACCGAGACAAGCAGAUUCAGCGCUGACAGGAAGCUAUCUAGGGUAUCAUCAAGAGGUAUCCAAUGAAGCGAUUCAUGACCUUCUAAAGAGUCACUAUGUGUUAGAAGAAUCGGUGGUGAGUGUACAGCAGGAAUCGGUUGAAGACCAACGGGCUCGUUCGAUAUUAGAGCGAACCACGAAACGCGUGGGUAAUCGCUUUGAGACCGGACUUCUCUGGAAGAUGGACGACGUGCAUUUUCCGGAUAGCUAUCCCAUGGCUCUCAAGCGGACGAAGCAGCUAGAAAGAAAGUUGGAGAAAUCACCGGAAUUGUACCAAAACAUCCGGGAUCAGAUUAAAAGGUAUCUGGAGAUUGGAUAUGCUCAUCUAGCCACAGAAUCAGAGCUGGUUGGCACCGAAUGUGACAAAGUGUGGUAUCUUCCUCUCAAUAUUGUGUUGAACCCAAAAAAACCCAACAAGGUCCGAAUAGUAUGGGAUGCUGCUGCAACUGUGCAAGGAGUUUCACUAAAUUCAAUGUUGUUGAAGGGACCCGAUCUACUCGUGCCAUUGGUGUCGGUGAUCAUUGGGUUCCGCCAACGAAGGAUUGCCUUUGGCGGGGAUAUCCGAGAGAUGUAUCACCAGCUGAAAAUUAUUCCCGGGGACAAGCAAGCACAACGUUUUCUCUUCCGGGAUAACAGUAGUGAGCCACCGAAAGUGUACGUGAUGGACGUCGCCACGUUUGGGUCGACGUGCUCUCCGGCGUCGGCGCAAUACAUCAAUUACCGAAAUGCAGAAGAGCAUGCGGCACAAUAUCCGGAAGCUGCGGGGGCAAUUAUCAAUCGGCAUUAUGUCGAUGACUAUUUCGACAGUGUUGACACCGUCGAAGAAGCCGUAGAACGUGCAAAGCAGGUGAGUCACAUCCAUAAACAAGCCGGGUUUGAGAUUCGCAAUUGGGUGUCGAACUCACCGGAAUUUCUGUCAGCUCUGGGAGAGGAGAAACCAAUGGAACCGGUACUCUUUAACCAAGAUAAACAGGCAUGUAGCGAGCGUGUGCUAGGAGUAUUCUGGGAUCCGGAACGGAAUGUAUUUGCGUUCACCAUAAAAUACCGUGAGGAUAUAAAAGCGUACCUGUACGACGGUGAGCGACCGACGAAGCGGAUAGUAUUGAGUUGUGUGAUGGGGUUUUUCGAUCCACUGGGUUUGCUAUCUCCCUUUACAAUUCAUGGUAAAGUAUUCUUUCAACACUUGUGGCGAAACGGUUGUGAAUGGGACCAACUAAUCGACGACAAGGCUUGGUUAAAGUGGAAACAGUGGACCGACUUGUUGCCGCAGGUAGAAGCCUUGCGAAUCCCAUUAGGGGAUGCUGUAUCGACCUCGGUCGACUCGCUUGAAUUACACAUUUCUACGGAUGCGAGCGAGCAUGCCUAUGACUGUGUUGCAUAUCUGCGUGCUGUCGUGAACGGAUCGGUACAGUGUAGCCUGGUCAUGUCCCGCGCAAAGGUGGCUCCGCUUAAGAGACAAUCGAUCCCUCGGUUGGAGUUGAUGGCUGCGGUUCUUGGGGCCAGGAUGAGUCAAACGAUUCUAUCGUCACAUAAUUUACAGAUCGCACGCACCUUUCUUUGGACCGAUUCACGAACAGUUCUUUCCUGGCUGCAUUCCGAUACGCACGGGUACAAACAGUUCGUCGCAUUCAGAGUUGGGGAGAUUCUGGACUUGACGAGAUUGGUAGACUGGUACUGGGUUCCAUCAAAGCAAAACGCUGCAGAUGUUCUCACCAAAUGGGGCCGUGAUCCACCAUUACAGAAUGAUGCGGAAUGGAAGAACGGUUCGUAUUUUCUGUAUCAAUCGCGCGAUCAGUGGCCAUGCACUGGGCGAAUAGAUGAGACGAAUGAAGAAGCGCUAUGUCAUGCGGUGGUCGACGCUGCAGCUGUUUCUCGAUGGGUAAAGCUGGUUAGAGUGACUGCAACGGCAGUGCGCUUUAUUGCCAACAUUCAGCGUAAGAAAGCCGGGUUACCAACCGUUACAUCCAAGGCCACGAAGAUCCAACACAGACACAUAAAGGCUGAGUACUUGACUGUUCAGAAGCCACUUCAGCAGGAGGAACUGAGAGAGGCCGAAACCAUUCUGUGGAAGCAGGUGCAAUUUGACAGCUUUCCGGACGAGAUGAGUGCGUUGAUGAAAAACCUGCAGCAUAAACCAGGUCUGCCACUUGCAAAAAUUGAAAAAUCUAUUUGCCUCUAUAAGUUGUCGCCGGUGCUUGAUGCAGAGGGUGUGUUGAGAGUACGAGGCAGGCUGGAAAAGAACGAGUCAAUCCCGUUCGACAAAAGGUAUCCGAUAAUUCUGUCCAGGAAGCACGAAAUAACAAAAAAGUUGAUCCUGCAUUUCCAUGAGAAGUACGGCCAUGCGAAUCGAGAAACCGUUUUCAACGAAUUGCGGCAGAAGUUUUGGAUACCAAAUGCUCGCGCUGCAAUACAGCAAGUGACAAAAGAAUGCGUAUGGUGCAAGGUGAAUCGCUGUGUACCUCGCAUUCCUAUGAUGGCACCACUGCCGGUUCAACGCAUCACCCCUCGUCCCUUUAGUGCAAUCCGUGCCGAAGUGACCCCGGGAAAGCCCUAUCAUUAUCGUCGUUUUAUCAAAGCUUACAUUUUUAAUGACGAUCUGACAGCUUCUGUUCGGUGCCAAACGGAAACCGGUGAUUGUGCUAGAAAGUUGGUGGUUAACCGUGUCCCUUUCGAGCAGCUCAAACUGACUGACUGA